AUGCUUUUCCUCGCCCUCCUCAUCCUCCUGCUCACCCUGUUCCUCCUCGCCUACAUCAUAUACAAACCGCCGAAAUUUGUGAUCGAUUUCCUGCAAUGGAAAUACCCCUCCGUAAUUUUUCAGCUCUCUCUCCCCUCAAACCGAAAGAUUGUCGCGCUCACAAUCGACGACGCUCCGUCGCCAUAUACAGCGCAAAUCCUGGCCUUGCUCAAAGAGUACAACGCAAAAGCAACGUUUUUCAUCAUUGGGUCUCAGAUCGCUUCUCAUCCAGGACUUUUAGAACGGAUCCAUGCUGAAGGUCACGAGACGGGGUCACACGCGUGGCGGGAUGAAGCAUCGUUGUCUCUCACGCUCACUGAUCUCAAACAGCAGACCCAGGAACUCGAAGAAUUGUUACCCGCAAAUGAGAAUGGGGAGAAAUAUUUCAGACCUGGAUCGGGGUUUUUUAGUAAAGAAAUGGUGGAGAUGGUAGAGGGACUCGGGUAUAGGACGGUGUUGGGGUGCGUAUUUCCACAUGAUGCACAGAUCCACAGUGCGAAGUGGAACUCGAGGCAUGUUUUGAGUAUGGUGAGGUCUGGUGCGGUGGUUAUUGUGCAUGAUAGGAGGGGUUACUCGGUUGAGGAGAUCGAGAGAAUUUUGAAAGGUUUACGAACUGGGAGUUGGAUGGUGGAGAGUUUGGGUGGGUUGUUGAGAAUCGCGGAGGAGGAGAGGGUGAAGAAAGGCAGUUGA